AUGAAUGGUGAAAAGUGGUUAUCUCUUCAACAUUCUGUGCAAUAUUCAUCAGCCAUCCUUGCAGUUCUAAUGAACGGCUAUCAAAUUUUUCUAAUCACCCAUAAAUCACCAAAAACUCUAGUUCCCUAUAAAUAUUUGAUCGCCUACACUUCCUUGUUCGAAAUAUUGUAUACUUUUUUUGAAGUUAUCUCAUCCCCUGUAAGUGUUAACAUUUAUAUUUUCUUCAUCAAUUUUUACUAGAUCUUUUACACUUAUGAUUCUGCAUUAAUUAUGUUAAUUGAUACUCGAAAAGCAAUAUUCAAUCCAUUUAUAAUGUCAAUUUUCAAUAGUUUGUAUUGUGGAACAUUUGGUGCAGUUCUGGGUUUAUUCUCAAUUCAGUUUAUCUAUCGAUAUUUGAAUACAAAGAAGUGUGUUAACUUUUAUUUUGAAUCUCCUAAUGAACUAACUUUAGAAGUCGUUAUUUAUCUUCCUUCAAAUCUUGGAAAAUCAUAUUUUGGUGUUUGAUACCAUUCUUCUCUGGUUCAUCUUGGUCUUUAGUUGUUCAUUUUUUAGCAAGCAAAGAUGAUUCAAAAGAUCAAUAUAUUAGAAAAAAUAUUCGGAAUGAUUUAAAUGAAAAUAUUAAUGAUAUAAUCUAUUCUGGAAUAUUGAUCUACAUCGAAGAUCAAAAUGGAGUUCGACAUCCUCAUUGGAUUUCAAUUUUUGUCGAUAUUUUUAUAAUCAUCUCUCUGUUAAUUUCACUUGCAAUAAUAAUUUAUUGUGGUGUUUUUUGCUAUCGAGAAGUUCGACAAAUUUCUAAAAUAUCAAAAUCAAAGAGAACACAAUCUUUACAAACUCAAUUAUUUUAUGCAUUGGUUGUUCAAACAUUGAUUCCUCUUUUUCUUCUACAUUUACCUGUUUCAACGGUUUUCUUAUUGGUUCUCUUUGAAAAAAAUAUUGGAAUCUAUGGUGGUAUUAUAACAAUGACUAUUGCUAUUUAUCCAGCAAUUGAUCCAAUUCCAAACUUUAUAAUAAUCAAAGAUUAUAGAAAAACUACGAAAAGUUUGUGAAAUUUGAUUUAUUAUUGUUUUAUUCAUCAUAAUGUUUCAGGUUAUAUCAAUAGAUUAUUGUUGAGAAAUGAGCAACCGAAAUCGGAAAAUGUGAAGCUUCCAAAAUUAAAAUUUUAA